CCCAAACCAAAUAGGAAAAGAAAUCCUUGUCUCUCUGGGACGCUGUCUCCCUAUAUAUAUACACACUAGGCUGUCACAAUUCUAAACACCGUUUUCAGAGCCGCACGGUCUUUCAAUCUCUCUCUCUCUCUCUUUCCUUUUUUUCUUGGUGUUCUGAUCUCUUCGCCGAGAUAUGGCAAAUCAAAGUGAAGAUGCUUCCGACACCGCAAGUGCGCAGGUUGUUGGCAAUGCCUUUGUGUCUCAGUAUUAUAGUAUUCUGCAUACAAAUCCAGAGGAGGUUCACAAGUUUUAUAACAGUUCUAGUGUGCUCAACCGACUUGGGGCUGAUGGUGUGAUGAGCUCGAUUACUACCUUGGAGGCCAUUAAGGACAAGAUACUCUCCUUGGAUCACCUGAACUAUCAGGUUGAAAUAUUGACUGCUGAUUCUGAGCUUUCAUUUAACAAUGGGGUGAUUGUUCUAGUUACUGGUAUUUUAACUGGAAAGGAAGAUACUGGAAGGAAAUUCAGUCAAGUUUUCUUUCUAGCCCCUCAAGAGAAUGGCUACUUCGUCUUGAACGAUGUUUUUAGGUUCAUAUCUGAAUCUGUGGAGGUUGAUACUGUGGAAAAUAAUCAUAUUGAAGAAAGUGCUCCAAAAGCUCCUUUGAUAACUGAUCCUAAACCUACUGUUUCUGUGUCAAAUCAAACAACCUCAUUGGCCAAUGGGAAGAUGCCCAUUAGUGAAAAAAGGGUUGCUGAGGAUCUUCCAAAGAAAGCUGAGGAUCUUCCAAAGAAAGCUGAGGAUCUUCCUAAGAAGUCUGAGGAUCUUUCAAAGAAGUCUGAGGAUGUUCCGAAGAAAACCUUUGCAUCAGUGGUGCAAUUAUUGAAGGACAACAGUGCUCCAUUCCAAUCGAGGGUUCCACCUGUUAAACCUGCUGAACCAUCCCGUGCAUCUGCAGCAACUGAAGCUACAGCUCCUAGUAGCAACAGUACCAGGGAAAAGAUUGAUGAUCAUGCAGCUAAGACUCAUGCCAUAUUUGUACCAAAUCUGCCUAUGAAUGCAACUGUUGAACAACUUGAAGCGGUUUUCAAGAAUUUUGGGCCUAUUAAGCAUAAUGGUAUUCAAGUUAGAAGUAGCAAGCAACAGGGGACAUGUUUUGGUUUUGUGGAAUUUGAAUCUGCCAGUUCGAUGCAAAGUGCUAUUGAGAAGUCUCCAAUUGAAAUGUUGGAUCGUGAAGUUCGCAUUGAGGAAAGGCGAGCUAACAAUGACAGAGGGAGGUUUUCAGGACGGGCUGGUUAUCGAAACGAUAACUUUAGGGGCCGUGGAAACUUCAGUGGUGGAAAUUUUAGCGGAGGCCGUGGCUAUGGGAGAAAUGACUUUGAGAGGCGAGGUGAUUUCUCAAAUCGAACUCGUGGUAAUGCUGGACGGAAUGAAGAAACUGGCCAUAGGGUCUACCAAAAUGGUGGAGGGAAAGCCACCCGCCAAGCCAGUCAAGGCAGCAUGAGCUAGGUUGUGACUGCUCCUUUUGCUCCAGUUUUGUUGAGAAUAGUACCUUUGUCUUUUGAUUACAUAGGAAUUUUAGUCAAACAGCGGCAUUAUAGGGGGUUUUUUUUUUUUUCCUUUUCUGGCUCAAGAGUUUUUAACUUUUUGGUAGUUUUAUUUUUUAUUUUAGUUUCUCAGUUAAAUUGGAAAAAUUGUAACUACGUUAUUUAUGGAAUAAUUUUUUUGAAAGGUUAAUUAGUGAUGUGCUUAAUAUAAUUGUGUGCUUGUCUC